ACAUUUGGUUUACAGAUUGUGCCCUCAGAGGAUUUUGAUCACUGGUAACUUCUUCUUGGUUCUUCCUUUUGUCAAGGUAUUAUUUGACACCCACAGUCAUGAAUAAAAGACGUGAGAAAAGAAAAAGAGUUUAUCCACCAGAAAAAUAUCUGCUAUGUCAGAUUCCACCAGAGUGGACUACCCUGCCUGUACAUACUGGUCUGGAGUCUGGUCCACCACCUGACAGUGUUGCAGUUUAUACAAAGCAUGGGCCGAGCAAAAAGCUUGUUUAUGAAGGCUACAUUUGUCCAUCUGCACCUGAAAACGUAGCUAUGACAGUGUUGCAGCCACCGCCAUGGCCGCAGAAAGAGGAGAACUUUGGAAAGAAGUAUGCAAGACUUCUGGAGAGGAUCAGAGCUGAGGAGGCUGAGGCUAAAGCGAACAGCCAACCAGAGCAAGGUGUUGUCAAAGCACUGUCAAGCACUACUCCAAGUCAUACAGCUGAUGUAUCAGCACAACAGACGAAUGCAAAGGCUGCAGCCACCACUGAAAGCAAAAACAAAACCAAUACAUCUAAAGAACAAACAGAGAGUCUAAAUCUUCCCCUGCAGAAGACGAAGUCCAACAGCGAUUAUCCUCUUCCUCUAGAAAUCCUCGACAGAAGAGAGAGUUUUCUCCCUGCACCAACUGAAGAAGGGAAAGAAGAGUCAACAUAUUAUUUUGUUCCAUGGGAGAGCAUGAACAUAGACUUAUUGGACUGUGAUAAACCGGAUUCUGCCCUCCAGCACUUCAGCUCAGCCAGAUCUGAGACACGAUCCUGAGGAGAGUUUAGAAGGACCUGGGUUAGUGUGAAGGGUUAAAAUUCACAAUGAAUUUCAAAUAUUUUGAGAAUAAAUAUUUUGAGCAGUAA